AUGUCGCUCGCCGAGCCAGAUGACAAGACAGUGGCGGUGAAAGGGAAGCGGACUGCUGAACCAAGGGCGUGCAGGUCGUCUACUGGUAACCAUGGAUGGGAUGCUCCCUGUCUGCCACCAGCAGUAGUAAAGGGUGCGCCGAUUGCCUACAAGUAA